GACCGCAGCACGGUGACACCAUACCCGGACCAUCAUUACUGCCCACUCCCACCAUUCCCACCAUAGCCACCGCUAUAGCCAUCAGCUGCCACGCUCUGAGGGCGUCCCUAGGGCGGGAAAGAGCAGCAAACAAGCGGCCAAGCCGGUAUCCAACUCGGCAUGAUUAACCCUAUUCUCGUAUACCCCGACUCUCCCAUCGCUCCUCGCUCGUCGCGUGCCUCACACAUGGCACCCCUGAGGACGGCAAGUGUGCGCCACAGACCAAGUGUGAGGUUGAGAACUCGGCGACUGUCCUCGUUUAGAGACGACCACCCCGAUCUAGUUGGCAUCCGUUAUGAACAGACAAAACAGGCAGAACCGCCCAUUCCGCUCCCUCCACCAGCUCAUCGUUGCGUCUCGAUUCGUCCGCGUUCCUCGGCCACUCCCAUCGUUGUUGUCCGCCCAGCAAUCCCUCCACCGCCGGAAGACCAUCCGCUCUUCCGACUAGAGCCUCAUCUCCGCCCCCGCCCGCAGACCGUCAGCAUCGUUAGCGACGUCGAGUCGAAGAGAGAUUCGUGUGCGCCGACCUCAUCGUCUAUCACGCUGCAGGGCGACAGCGACAGCGACAGCGACAGUGAGCCGGAAAUAGAAACGCCAGGGAUCGCCGACAAGCUGUGCAUUCCUUCAGCAACCUCGAGGGCGUUGGCGCCAGCCCCGAUACCGUCACCACCACGGUCAUCGAAGAGAGUGUCAAAAAGAAUCAGCCUCAGCGCAUCGAUAGUUGGCAAGACAUUCAGCAUCCGGGCCACUGUCGGGUCGAAGACGAUGAUGGAGACAAGGAAGAUCAGGAUGCGCAAAAAGACCCUUGGGUCCCUUGGGUCCCUUGGAUCGGAUAUAUUUGGUGGAGAGGACGACAGGGACAAGGUUGCAUUUCCCGAAGCGGAUGGAUCCUCCAGGGAGUCCAGGGCCUCAUUUAGCACGUUGACUCCCGGCAGUACCCCUUACGCUAGAAGGUCUGCCAGUGCGUCUACCGCAGACAAAGCCGCUAUGCGGGGCUCGCUUGGUUCAUCCAAAUCACCCAAGGGCCGGGGGCUGCGAACUCCCCCACGCCUGCAGCACGGUACUAGCGUUGGCUCAUCAACCGGCAGCUCCUUGGCCGUCACCGUCGGCGCUAGCAGGCCGGGCAAGGGGCUAGAGGGGCCUCGGGGGCUUCUGGGGCCAGACAGACAGCCCUCCCAGGCUCUCAUUGCUUCCACUGAUUCUUCUAGUUCCCGUCUUGGAGCUGACAACGUCAACGGCCCCUUCAGUCCAAUUAACACGCUCAUCUCCCAGGACCGUCUUGCAGUCGACUUUGGCAACCUAUCCUUUUCCAACCGCGGCAGUAUCAUGUUUGGGGGACAGGCUCCGGUCGACAACAGCACGCAACGAGACGACGAGCUGGCAGAGGCAGCACAGGCAGUUACUCCUACCGGCACGGCGCAUGCAGCAGCACCAACAACACCACCACCAGCAGUACCUCUAGCACCAGCAGCAGACAACUUGGACCACGAGACGGAGAAGGAAACCUCAAGGGAGAAAGAGACGGCCAGCUCCAUAUCAUCGCGCCUCAGUGACGCCUCUGGACUGACACGCCCGUCCAUCACCCUCAAUGAGGACCUGGCGUCGCCCUCCGCCCCGCUGCCCAGUAUCCGCGUUAUGCCCAUGGACGUAGAGAGGGAAUCACAAAAGGUGAGAUCGCUCUAUGAAUCUGGCGAUGGUGGUCGCUUCAAUUGGCAAGAUGGCGGGCGGCGCGUCUCGUUCGCUGGCGAUCUUCCGCCUCUACCCUCAGAGGAAGACCCAUCAGAUGUUGUAGACCCUCCUCAAUUAGAUGUUCCGAGCUCGAGCGACUGGGCCGCGAGCCCCAUUGCGCCAUUACCGCCUACAGCACCCUGGGUCAGUUCUUCGUCGUUACGGGAUGAUGCUGCCAGCUAUCACCGGCCUGGUGCUAGGAGAUGGGGCGAGCACGAACGCGCCGGCGGGCUAGAAGAUUGGGAGAAUCUGGAUGGAGUUGAAGUUGACCGCUAUGGCUUCAUCAAGGAGAGGCCAGCAAGGCCAGAAACCAGCUUCAGGCCAGAAACGAGUAGGACAGUCAGGCCAGGAUCAAGGUCAAGACACUCAUCACCUAGGAGAAGAAACGUGUUGACGAAACGGCCCGGUUCGGCUUAUUCCUCGUCUCCCCUUGGUAAAGGCCUUGUUGGACGCCCGCCGAGCAGAAAGGUGUCCGCGCGAUCCCUACAGACCUUCACCUCGGAAUAUUCAAACGUAUCACGAAGAUCUACGCGAUCGUCUUUUCGGUCCAUCACCAAUCACUUACCACCCAACCGGGACCGGCGGUGGAUGGACGAGGCUGGGGAUAUGCUGGCGUUUCCGGCGGGUGGUCUGACCGAUAUCCUGGAAUACGCGGCUAGGAUGACGGGCAAGAAAAGUACCGAAGCCCUGAAGAAGAAAGAGUUGGAACGGUCCGAAAAGUGGAGGAAAAUGGCAAAGGUCAUUCAGAGGUUCCCAUUGGAAGACGGCGGUGAGGGCGAAGCCGGCGGCGAAGGUCAAGGCCAAGGUCAAGGCAUGAACUUUGAAUUCGACACGAAAAACCCGAAGCUUAUCGAGCGCACUUGGAAAGGAAUUCCAGACUGCUGGCGCUCCGCGGCUUGGUUCUCCUUCCUCGCAACAAGUGCAAAGAAUGCCAAUAGUCCCGAAACUGAUGAGGUGCUGAUCACAGCAUUUAAGAGGUUGCAGGACAUCAGCUCACCCGACGACGUCCAGAUUGAUCUCGACGUUCCCAGGACGGUCAAUGGUCACAUCAUGUUUCGAAAGCGAUAUCGUGGAGGCCAGCGUCUACUCUUCCGCAUUCUACAUGCCAUCUCGUUAUAUUUCCCCGAUACAGGCUAUGUCCAAGGAAUGGCUCCUCUAGCAGCCACCUUGCUGUGCUACUAUGACGAGGAGAGGUGUUUUAUCAUGAUGGUUCGCCUUUGGAGGUAUCGUGGGCUUUCGAGGCUGUAUUCGCCAAAUUUCGAAGGGCUUCUUUCCACCUUGGACGACUUUGAGAAACAUUGGCUUGCGGGAAAGGACGUUGCUUCCAAACUUACUGAACUAGCCAUUGAUCCAACGGCGUAUGGGACAAGGUGGUAUCUUACAUUAUUCAACCUGUCAAUACCAUUCGCUGCUCAGCUCCGUGUUUGGGAUAUUUUUAUGCUCCUGGGAGAGUGCCCGCCUGAAGGGGAAUUGGGCCCUCAAGUUUCCGGAAGAGACUCCGGAGAGGUUAGACCACAGUUACAACACGCCGACACCCAGCAAACAUCUAAAACUACUAAGGAGAAACGCUUCCUGGCCAAGUUGAGCGAGCGUAGGAGUAAACGACAUCUAAACCAAACAGCUGCAGAAGUGCCGCAAGGUCUUGAUAUCCUCCACGCUACAAGUGCUGCGCUGAUUCACGCCAUGAGGGACGUGUUGCUGGAUGCGGAUUUCGAGAACGCAAUGAAAACACUUACAUCAUGGAUACCGGUCAAGGAUGAGGACCUACUAAUGAAGGUGGCAAGGACAGAGUGGAGGGCACAUCAGAAAAAAAGGGACAGAUGAGCGGACGGACGGAUGAGAUGAGUCGGCCGGCUUGAUGUCCUUCACAUACGAACGAGUUUGGGUUCUGAGUUUUGGAUCGGGUA